CCGGCACGGCUCCGCAGGGCCCGGGCAGAAAACAGCCACUGCCGGGAAAGGAGCCCCAGCUUAGCUGGGUUCAGCGCAGCCCAGCUAAGGCUCGGCAGAGCUCGGGCAGGGCUAUCGGCUAGGGCUCGGCAGGACUCGGGUCUUUGCUCGGUAAGAGCUCGGCAAGGCUCGGCUCGGCUCGGCUAGGGCUCGACUGCAACUCCGCGAGUCUCGGCGGAACUCGGCUGUCCUCGGCACAGCUCGGCUCGACUCGGCUGCGCUCGACUCGGCGGAGCGGUGGCAGUUCCGGGUGUCGAUCCGGGCCUUACGCUCUUUGAGGCGGUGUAGCUGCUCGCUCCCCUCUGCCCUGCUGGCCUUUGGACCCUGGGCACGGCGUCCCCCAGCCCCGCAGUGCCGACGGGGAGCGGGAGUCCAGCGGCGAACGGCGCAGGGGGCAUAGGAGCAGGUAAGGGCCGCCGGCCCAGUGGGGAAACUGAGGCAGGGCCGGGCCUGUGAGCCCACCUGGCAAGGGAGCAAGCAGCCCCAUGCACCCACUUGCUCUCUGCUGGUGUCCCCCAAAAACUGAUAGGUGUCAGUGUCACCCUGACUUCUUGGUGCCAGCACCACAGCCUACCUGCCUUCCCACCGGCAUCGGGCCUCAGUGAUGGGACACCAGCGUCCCACUGAGGCGAACGUUUCUACUAGGCUGCACAGGGCCACCGUAUACAUCGGGCCCCUUUCCAGCUGUCAACCUCCUUUAACAGCUCUCCUGACCUUCCAAGCAUGGCUGCACACCAGCUCAGUGAGAGCACCAUCACGGUGGAAGGCCAAACCCUUUUCUACCGCCAAGCCCAGCCAGCCCAGCAGGCACCAAAGCUGACAGUGCUCCUGCUGCACGGCAUUCGCUUCUCCUCUGAGACUUGGCUGCAGCUGCAGACGCUUGCCACACUGGCUGAAAAUGGCUACCGAGCUGUGGCUAUCGACCUGCCGGGUCUGGGACGCUCAAAGGAUGCUGUGGCCCCAGCACCUGUGGGCCAGCUAGCCCCGGGGUCUUUCCUGAAAGCAGUUUUGGAGGCUCUGAGCCUAGGUCCAGCCGUGGUGAUCAGCCCAUCGCUCAGCGGCAUGUAUUCGCUGCCUUUCCUCUUCCAGCACAACCACCUGCUGAAGGCGUAUGUGCCUGUGGCGCCCAUCUGCACCGAGAAGUUCACAGUGGAGCAGUAUGCCCAGAUCAAAGUACGGCCUGGAGGGAGAUCAUGGGAGACCCCAACACUGAUCGUGUAUGGGGACCAGGAUGUGGAGCUGGGGCAGAUCAGCCUGAACAACCUGCAGAACCUCCCUAAGCACCAGGUGCUGGUGCUGCAAGGUGCUGGACAUGCCUGCUACCUGGACAAGCCCAGCAAGUGGCACUCCGAACUCCUGGCCUUCCUACAGCAGCUGGAGUGAGCCGGAUGAGCUGUGCUCAUAGGGCAUGAGGAUCUGGCCGGCUCACCCACUCCUCUGCCUCCACACACAGCCUUGUGCCAAUCCAGCUGCUUGCCUGAUGUCCAUAUUCAACCCUGCCAUACUGUGCCAGGCCCACUGCUGGGUGCACCACCUCCACUGGGACCAAAUAAAAUGUCAACCUCU